AUGGCCUGUGCUCCUAUGACCUCCGCGGACCACCAUGAGCAGCAGAACCAGCAGCAACAGCAGAACCAGUCACGGGCAGCAGAACCAACAGGAGCAACAGAACCAACAUUAGAAGCUGAACCAGCAGGAGAAACAGAACCAGAACAGCAGAACCAGCAGGAACAGCAGGAACAGCAGAACCAGCAGGAACAGCGGGAAGAGCAGCACCGGCAGGAGCAACAGAAGCAGCAGGAGCAGAAGAACCAGCAGAAGCAGAGCCAACAGGAGAAGCGGGAACAGCAGAACCAGCAGGAACUGCGGGAACAGCAGAACAAACAGGAACAGCGGAAACAGCAGGAACAGCAGGAACAGCGGGAACAGCGGGAACAGCAGAACCAGCAGGAACAGUGGGAACAGCAGAGACGACGGGAACAGCAGGAACAGCAGAACUGGCAGGGGCAGCAGGAACAGCAGAACAAGCAGGAACAGCGGGAACAGCAGAACAGGCAGGGGCAGCGGGAACAGCAGAACCAGCAGGAACAGCGGGAACAGCAGAACCAGCAGGAACAGCGGGAACAGCAGAACAGCAGGCAGCGGGAACAGCAGAACCAGCAGGAACAGCGGGAACAGCAGACCAGCAGGAACAGCGGGAACAGCAGAACCAGCAGGAGAAGAACCAGCAGGAACAGCAGAACAGCAGGAGCAGCAGAACCAAACCAGCAGGACGCAGCAGAACAGCAGGACAGCAGAACAGCAGGACAGCAGAACCAGCAGGAGACAGCAGAGCAGCAGAGCAGCAGAACAGCAGGGAACAGCCGAACCAGCAGGACAGCGGGAACAGCAGAACAGCAGAGCGCGGGAACAGCAGAACCAGCAGGAACAGCAGACCAGCAGAGCAGCAGAACCAGCAGAGACAGCAGAACCAGCAGGAACAGCGGAACAGCGGACAGCAGACCAGCAGGAGCAGCAGAACCAGCAGGAACAGCAGACCCAGCAGGAGGCAGCAGAACAGCAGAACAGCAGAACAGCGGAACAGCAGAACAGCAGGGCAGCGAACAGCAGAAACCAGCAGAGGCAACAGCGAGGACAGCAGAACCAGCAGGAACAACAGCAGGAACAGCAGAACAGCAGGAGCAGCAGAACCAGCAGAGCAGAAACCAGCAGGAACAGCAGGAACCAGCAGACAGCAGAACAGCGGAGCAGCAGAACCAGCAGGAACAGCAGAACAGCAGAACAGCAGAACAGAGGAACAGCAGAACGCAGCACGGAGCAGCAGAACCAGCAGCAGCGAACAGCGGAACAGCAGAACCAAACCAGCAGGAGCAGCAGAACCAGCAGGAGCAGCAGAACCAGCAGGAGCAGCAGAACCAGCAGGAGCAGCAGAACCAGCAGGAGCAGCAGAACCAGCAGGAGCAGCAGAACCAGCAGGAGCAGCAGAACCAGCAGGAGCAGCAGAACCAGCAGGAGCAGCAGAACCAGCAGGAGCAGCAGAACCAGCAGGAGCAGCAGAACCAGCAGGAGCAGCAGAACCAGCAGGAGCAGCAGAACCAGCAGGAGCAGCAGAACCAGCAGGAGCAGCAGAACCAGCAGGAGCAGCAGAACCAGCAGGAGCAGCAGAACCAGCAGGAGCAGCAGAACCAGCAGGAGCAGCAGAACCAGCAGGAGCAGCAGAACCAGCAGGAGCAGCAGAACCAGCAGGAGCAGCAGAACCAGCAGGAGCAGCAGAACCAGCAGGAGCAGCAGAACCAGCAGGAGCAGCAGAACCAGCAGGAGCAGAACCAGCAGGAGCAGCAGACCCAGCAGAGAGCAGCAGACCCAGCAGAGCAGCAGAGCCCAGCAGGAGCAGUCAGCAGAACCGAGCAGGAGCAGCAGAACCAGCAGGAGCAGCAUAACAGCAGGAGCACUGCAGAACCCAGGAGCACAGGAGCUAGCAGGAGCCAGCAGGACCAGCAGGAGCAGCACCCAGCAGGAGCCGAUCACAUAACCAGCAGGAGCAGCAGACCACAGAACCAGCAGGAGCAGCAGACCCAGCAGGGGCAGCAGACCCAGCAGGAGCAGGGCUGCCCCAAGACUGGCGGCGAGCGGUCGGCAGGGCUGAGAGCUGGUGGCGGAGUCAGUCGGUCGCUGGCACCCGCGGUGAAGGUAGCAGCCUCUGUACGCGCCGCCUUUUCCCCUCGCUCUCGCGUGUUCCCCUCUGAGUCUCGGGUCCUCGCCUCCGCCUCCUUCCCUCUCGCCGCUCCUGCUUCGGAGCCUUCAGGAGUCCCCGGCCUCUGCUCUGGAAAAGACAAACAGCCGAGUCGUUGCAAAGAUCAUGGAUGCAAUAUCACUCGCACGGAGGAAAUAAGUGCUGUUCCCGCGAUACAAUUUCCAGCUCGGAGGCAAGACUCGCGUAAGCAAUGUGAUCAGACGAUAGGGAAAGUGAGAAGCCGGGAGGUGCAAGCUAUUGAGGAGUGCGUGGGUGAUUGCAACAGCGCGUCCGGAUGA